GAAUUUUAGUAAAAUUUCCCUUCCAAAAACACUCAAAAACUCUCUCAAGUGACGUUGAAAAAAAAUUUCCCCUAAACAAAAACAACAAUAAUCACUUAAAAACCCUUUGGCCUUCACUUUAAAAAUGUUCAACAACAACAAUAAUAUAUUCAAUACAGACCCCCCUCCCUCUUCAACUUUUUUCAAUUCUUGUGGCACAUCCACUAAAGGAGGAAAUAUUCUUUUGAGUGGAAUUACAAGUACUUCUACUUCUAAUAGUUGUUGUAAUUCUUCUUCGUCUUAUUUCCCUUCUUCUUCAUUUCCUUCUUCAUUUACUAAUUUAAAAACCCAAAAUAAACGUCAAAAUUUGUUAAAUGAUGAAAGCGAGAUUGAAAGGUGAAUUCUAUAUUAAAAUGCCUUUUUUCCCUAUUCAUGGCCAGUGCUUGGAAAGUCCGGUGGCUUGAUACCUCGUUCCUCAUUGCAUUACCUCAUAUCUCGUUUCUAAUCCUCCUUCCUACGACUACUAAUUUUAAAAUCACUGUUCAUGGC